AAUGGCGGAGGUCUACUGUCUUCUGCCCUGCCCUUUCCUCUCCCUCCCCGUCGGGACCGUGGAGGUCGCUCAGUCGCUGUUCCCUGUAAAGUCACCCUGGGCCUGAGAUAUUCAAGACAAAGUUCUGAGACUAGAGGUAGAAUCAGGGACUUUGGCUGAUUGAGUUUCAGCAGCAGCCAAGUUCUGGUGAGAGGCUGUGAUGACUGCAGAGGUGAGGAAAGCCAUGUGUCUGGCUCCUCAACUCUUGGGCGUCCAGAAGAAGAGGGACAAAUCCCGGGGACCAGGAUCAAGCCUGCAGCAGGACAGCCAGAUCAGCUGUGAAGUCUUUCGGCAACACUUUCGGCAGCUGUGUUACCAUGACACCUCUGGGCCCCAGGAGGCCCUGAGCCAACUGCGUGACCUUUGUGGACGCUGGUUGAGGCCAGACAUGAACACAAAGAUGCAGAUCCUGGAGCUGCUGGUGCUGGAGCAGUUCAUCACCAUCCUGCCUGGGGAGAUGCGCGCCUGGGUGCAGCUGCAUCGUCCAGAAAGUGGAGAGGAGGCAGUGGCCAUGGUGGAGGACUUCCAGAGACACCUUAAUGGACUGGGACGGAAGGAAUUGGUGACAUUUGAGGAUAUAUCAGUAGACUUCGCCAAGAAGGAAUGGAAGACUUCAGCACCUGCUCAGAGGGCCUUCUUUCGAGAUUUGAUGCUGGAGAAUUAUCGGGAUGUAGUAUCACUAGGGAUCUCCCGGAGAGAGGAAGAACCAUGGGGCCUAAAUCGUCAGGGACCUCUGGACUUGGAAGGUGGCAGAAGCACCUGUACAGAAGGUGAUAAUGUUACUGAGAAUGAGGAAUCCACUUCAAAGCAAGAAAUUUUUGGUGAAUCACAAUCACAUAGUAGUUUAUCAGAAGGCCUCCAGAAGGAUCUUUUCCAGGCAUCUAAAGCUGGAGAAGGCUGUGAGAGGGAAAGCAUGUUAGAGCAGCAACAAGGAGCACUCCCAGAGGAAGAAGUUAGGAGAAGUGAUGGUGAUUUUAUGGAAGUGAUAGUGCAGAAUAAGAAAGUCCCUGUUGAAGAGAGAGAAGAGAAAUGUAAAGACUUUUGGAAAAGUUUCAGUCUUGUCUCAAGCACUGUUACACAGGAGAAAAUUCCAAGGGGACAGAAGUCUUAUCAGUGUAACGAAUGUGGCAAAUACUUCAAUAGGAGCUCACACCUUAUUGGACAUCAGAGAAUUCACACUGGAGAGAAACCUUAUGAAUGUAAUGAAUGUGGGAAAAGCUUUAGACAGACUUCUCAGCUUAUUGUACAUCUGAGAAUCCACACAGGUGAGAAACCCUAUGAAUGUAAUGAGUGUGGAAAAGCUUACCGUCAUAGCUCACAUCUUAUUCAUCACCAGAGACUCCACAAUGGUGAAAAACCUUAUAAAUGUAAUGAAUGUGUGAAAGCCUUCACUCAGAGCUCUCAACUUAUUGAUCAUCAGAGAAUCCAUACUGGUGAGAAACCCUAUGAGUGUAACAUGUGUGGUGAAGCCUUUAGUCGGAGUAAAAGCCUUAUUCGACAUCAGAUGCUUCACACUGGGGAGAAACCUUAUAAGUGUAAUGAAUGUGGGAAAGCCUUCUGUUCUAAUAGGAAUCUUAUUGAUCACCAGAGAACUCACACUGGGGAGAAACCUUAUCAUUGUAAUGAGUGUGGCAAGGCCUUUAGCAGGAGCAAAUGCCUUAUUAGACAUCAGAGCCUCCAUACUGGGGAAAAACCUUACAAAUGCAGUGAGUGUGGGAAGACCUUCAGUCAAGGUUCUCAACUUAUUGAUCAUGAGAGAAUUCACACUGGAGAGAAACCUUUUGCAUGUAGUGAGUGUGGCAAGGCAUUUAGCCUGAGCAAGAGCCUUAUUCGACAUCAGAGACUUCAUACUGGAGAGAGACCUUAUAAAUGCAAUGAUUGUGGAAAAUCCUUCAAUCAGAACUCACACCUUAUUAUACAUCAGAGAAUUCAUACUGGGGAGAAACCCUAUGAAUGUAAUGAAUGUGGGAAGGUCUUCAGUUAUAGCUCAAGUCUUUUGGUACAUAAGAGAACCCACACUGGGGAGAAGCCUUAUGAAUGUCAUGAUUGUGGAAAAGCUUUUAGUGACAGCUCACAACUAAUUGUGCAUCAGAGAAUCCACACUGGGGAGAAACCCUAUGAAUGUAAGGAAUGUGGGAAAGCCUUCAGUCAGCGUUCAACUUUUAACCAUCAUCAGAGAAUUCACUCUGGAGAGAAACACUCACCUUUGGUCCACUCAGUCUUUUAGAUUGUGGAGCUCAUGAUGGAGAACAGAAGAUUUCCAUUGUAUAAGAAAAAAACUUGUUUUUUGAUGAAAACUCUAAUCCUAUUUCAUCCAAAAUCUUAAAUAUGUUUGCUUUAGUUUCACUGAGAGAUCAGGUAUAAGAAUGUGGAUGGUUUGGUCACAGUAGUAGAAAACUUUAUCACUCAUGGUUUGCUUUGUAAAUAUCUCAAAUACAUUCUUUGUUUCUGUUUUAUCUCACCAAGCACAGUUUAAGCUCUGCAAGGCAAAUGUCCCUUUAUUGAGACUGCUCUCCUUUACUGCCUACAUCAACCACUUGUUUGAUUUACUUUCCUGUGUCUCUUGGCUACAUGUCUGUUUCUUUCCAUUUCUCCACUAUUCUAGGCCAAACACUUAGAAUAUUUAAUUAAACUUUAUUAGAGUGGGUGAUCCCUCCAGGUGGCCUAUCUCCUGUAUCAGACAGGGAGCUGCCCAUAUUUUGGGGUGGUAUCUCCUUUCCUUCCUCCCCUCAAAUACUUACUUUUCGUCUUUUUAUUCCCUUCUGUUCAGGUUCUGUAAAAUGGAGCCCCAAACCUAUAUUCUGGUAGAAACAUUCUCCACUUCCUUUCUCAGACCUGGUUGGUCUUCAGUGUUUUUAAGAGUGUGCUUUAUUUUUGUGUCACUACAUCAGAGAUCUGUGAUUUUGUCUGUGACACCCAUAGAUUGCAACUUACCUGAAAUUUAAUAGACAUCUUAGAGAAUUUUGUGAUGAUCAGAAAGAUUAAGUGACUUGCCCAAGAACACACAGUGUCAAGAGGCAGGAUUUGAACCAGGAUUUCCUGACCCCAAGUCUAGCACUGUCUACUACCAUGCUUGUCAUCUGACUCAACAAAUGUUGAUAAUUUGCCAUGUAAUUAAUUAUAUUUUUUACCCCAAAUGGAGUGUAGGUUCUUUGAUGGCAGGGACUACCCCUUUCCCACCAUACUUAGGCAACAAUUGACAAUAAAGGUCCUCAAUAAACAUUUAAAUAUUAAUAUUAAUACGUGAUAUAACUGAUAGUGUGAUUAUCCAAUGGUGGGCUCCACAUCUGCAUUAGACUGGGAGCAUUCUGAGGGUGAAUGAUGUUUCUUCUUUUCUCUCCCAGGAUAUGUUUAUGUGUGGAGGGGUCACAAGGGAUAGACUGGCCUUUAUGGUAAAGAAGCUUACCUUAUUUUUUUAUUCUUACUAUUAUUUUUUAAAAUGUAUUUACCUUAUUUUAUAGAGCACUUUGGAUAUUCUGUGUCAUUGUUUCAUCUUUAUAACCUCAGGCACUUAAUAAUGAUAGUUGAAUUGACUAGAUAAAACAUGGGCCCUACUUUCAUGGAGCUUAUAGAUUUGUAGAGGGAUAAGAGAUAUGCACAGAACUACAGUGACCAAUAGUCCAUGAAUAGUUCUCUAGGGAAGUAGACAGAAUUGUUUGAGCCAGAGGUGUCAGGCUGACCAGCAGGCCUGCGAAAUUCCCAAGUGCCUUAGAACCAAAUUAAAAUAUAAUUGAGAAAGUUUUAAGAAGAUAAAUAAAAAUAUACCCUAAUGGGAACAAGUGGCUUUCUAAGUGAAUAUGUGGCUCACAGACAGCGAUCCAGUUCUGCUUCACUUUGACACCACUGCUUUAGACAGUAGCAAAGUCAGUUAAAUUUACCUUUAUAGGUAAUUAAGCUUAAAGAUCUUUAUGUUGUGGAUAACUAGUACUUUUCAGAUACUCUGUCUUCUAUUUUUGUCAAUGACUCCUGUUACAAGCUAAGCAGAUGCUGAUCCUGGUUUUACUUUCUCCUCUUCUUCGUUAUUCCAUUUUUCUUCCUCAGGGAAACAGGUGUUAUUUUUCUGCUUAUGUGGUGCUGUGGGCUUGUCUGUCUGCCUAGUUGGAUACAAAUAACAUAUCUAUGAACAGACCAAGUUAGAGCACAGACAAAACCCUUUGUCUUCAUCAUUUCUGAUGGCUUAAGGAGAACAGUUACUCUGCAUAUUGGGACUUGUUAUAUUUCCAGCGUGGAAAUUUGUUGUGCUUGACUAUACCUGUUUGUAUUGGGAUUUAUUUUUCUUGCUUUCUUGAUGUAGGGAGAGGGCGAAGGUGAGGAGAGAAUAUAUUGUUUCAUCACCACUGCUGAGACCCUAGCUUCUGCCAUACUGUGAUGGCUGAGAGUAUGGAUGGACAGAUAUCAAAUAGGUCUGGACUCAAUAGAACAGAACAGUGAGGCUUUCACCAAAUGAUGAUGAUACCCCUUGAUUAGCAGUCAUACCACUUUUGAUCCAUGGCAUUUGUUGCCAAAACAAAAUGUAUACUAAAACCUCUUUCUUAAGAUUAUUUCAUUUUACCCUAGAAAGCAAAACAAAGCAGUGGGUAAAUGUUGCAAAGUGUCAAAUUUUGCAUCAGAAUUGAUGUCAGGAAAAGCUUCCUAAUGAAGUUUUCCUAAAGUGUAAUUAGGAAGAGGUUCUCCACUUUUGGAGAUAUUUGAAUGGAGGCUGGAAACCCAUUUGUUGAGUAUGUUAUAGCAGUUGUCCAUUUGCAACUAAAUCAAAAGGUUGCUUUUGUCCUACCUUCCUCCCUCUAUCCAAACUGCCCCCCCCAUGGCCUCAUCUAAGGUACAUCAUUGUGGUUAGUGACCCGUAUUUUCUGCACCUAAAAUCAGGUCCAUCACCUGUCUCUGCAGUAAAUGUGGGAGUCAUGUUAGCUCACUGUUUUUGGAAUCAUUGCCACCUCCAAGCAUCAACAUACAUAUCUCUGGAUGUAGAGACUAGUACACCCACAUUUUUGUGAAGUAUUUGUUGUUCAGUCUGUGACUCUACUUACUUUGGGACUCUGUCUUAACGUCUGACUUGAAUCAGAACUCAGAAAGUAACAGUUAUCAAUGGCUGCUAGGUCCAUUUACUUCUGUAAGGUAUUUCAUUUGUAGAAUGGUACAGGCUCACUCCCACAUGGAUACAAAAUGGCCCUCAGUCCUCCUGCAGCAGUAGUAAGUGCCCCAAAAGGGAGCAGAAGGUCAUACAACAGAUUCUCGGGUGUGGCUGCUCUUUCACCCAUUGCUCCUGAUCCUACCUUUCUGGGGAACGUUCUCUACAUGGUAGCUCUGUUAACUGUUUGAAGACUGCUAGUGUCAAAGGCUUAUAGAUUUUAAGCUCCACAUCACCCCCCCAACCCCCAUUUAUUUUUUACCAGUUUAUCUUGCUUCUCACGAUAAUUAAGACUGAAUUGCAACAAACCUAAUGCCAGAAUAUAUUUGGGUCCCAGAAACACAUUUAUCCAGCUGUCUGAAUUUGGGUUAAUCUGGGUGUCUACAAGGCAUUUUUGUUAUUUAAAGAACUUGUUUUUUUUUCCUCUCUGCCUCUGUAAAACUGAACCAGAAGUAAUCAAGUAUCCUUUUAAUUAACCUGAAGUAGUAGUGUAUAUUCAAGAGGAUCAAAAAAAAAAAUGGGGUUCAUGUGUCGGCUCUGCACUUGCACCUUUGUAAGAUAAAAUAUUUUAUCAAUAAAUGAACAAGUUUUAUUCCCAA